AGCGAGCGGGACCGGUGCAGAAGUUGAAGCGGUUCGCGGAAAUACCGCGUCCGCUCUCCUGUGGGUCUGGGGGAAAACCCAGUCACUCCACUUAACUCCAGAGAAUAAAGGAAUAUCUCCACCACAUGUGGAAGCUAAGGCUUCGACCAGGCAGAGGGACAGCAGCGACACUGUGAGCAUUGGGGUCAGGAGCACUGCAGCAUCGGGUCCAGAGGAAAUGUACCCCUCCUUGAAUAUUCUCCUCAGCCUACGGGUUCUAACUCCUCAGGAGCAAUAGAAUCAUGUGAAGCAGGAAGAAGUUGCAGAGUUGGGUAUCAGCAUUUCUGGGACACAACUGACUAAAGACAAAUUUCUGAACGGAAAUUUAGAGCAGACCCAGAACACACCAACACAGAGCCUACCUGUUGCCAGCUCUUUUCAGAGGACAGAAGAAAAUGCCGCAGGCUCAGGUUAACGAGAACAUUUAACUUCUUCAUAGUAGAAAAUCUCCAAAUGGGAUGAACACAUGGAUGAUUGCUCAAUUAUAAAAUGCAAGGUGGAGCCAAAGUAGUUUUACAAUUGGCAUCACCCAAUAAACAGCAUGGAGUUGUUACAGGAAUCCCUGACAUUUCACGAUGUGGCCGUGGACUUCACCUGGGAGGAGUGGCAGCUCCUGGACCCCGAUCAGAAGGACCUGUACAGGGACGUGAUGUUGGAGAACUACAGCAACCUGGUGUCAUUGGGUUACGAAGCCAGCAAACCAGACACCCUCUCCAAGCUGGAUCACGGAGAAGCACCGAGGACAAUGGCAGGUGAAAUCCACGGUCGAACCCGUUCAGAAAUCUGGAAACUUGAUGACCAUCUGCUGGAGCAUGUACAGAAUGAAAGCAUGGAGAAUAGCCUAGAACAACGGCACAAAAAUCACAUGUUAGAAAAUUGUGUCCAUUGGAGUAAAACUCACUUUCUGUUACGGCAAAGUCAUAUGUUUGACUUACAUGAAGAAAGUAUGAAAUCAAAUUUAUCUUUACUGAAACAGAACAGAAGCUAUAAAAUCAAGAAGCCUGGUGAAUUUCCUGGAGAUGAAAAAUCUUUUUUCCAUGUUAAGAGUAAGCAAUUCCAGACUGGAAUUAAAUUCCCAGAAAGCCAAAAACUCAUUCACACCAAGUCCCAACUCAUCAAGCAUCAGAAACCUCAUAAAAUGAGAAAACGGCAUGUGUGCAGUGAAUGUGGGAAAGCCUUUGUGAAGAAGUGUUUGCUUAGUGAUCACCAGAAUCUUCAUACAGGAGAGAAGCCUCAUCAGUGUAGUCUGUGUGGGAAGGCCUUCUCCAGAAAGGUCACACUGAAUGAACACCGGAGAUCGCAUACAGGAGAGAAACCUCAUGAAUGCACAGAGUGUGGCAAAGCCUUUCUCAAGAAGUCACGGCUCAAUAUACAUUACAAAAUACAUACAGGAGAGAAACCCUUUGUAUGCAGUGACUGUGGGAAACGCUUUAUCCAGAAGGGCAAUCUCAUGGUACAUCUACGAACUCACACAGGUGAGAAACCUUAUAUAUGCAGUGAAUGUGGAAAAGGCUUCAGCCAAAAGACAUCUCUCACGACACAUCAGAGAUUUCACACGGGAAAGACACCAUUUGUGUGCAGUGAAUGUGGAAAAUCCUGUUCCCAAAAGACAGGUCUCAUUAAACAUGAAAGAAUUCACACAGGAGAAAAACCCUUUGAAUGCAGUGACUGUGGAAAAGCCUUUAUCGGGAAGCCACAGCUUGUUGUACAUCAGAGAAUUCAUACAGGGGAGAGACCCUAUGGUUGCAAUGAAUGUGGGAAAGCCUUCAGAGCAAAGUCAGUCCUCAAUGAACAUCAGAAAAUUCACUCAGUCAAGGUGGUACAUUCUGUCUCAGAGAGUCCCUGCUCAUCCCAGACCAGUGUUGUCCUGCAGCAGAAAAACCUUGUUAAUACGGUGUCUGUGCAGGUGCCUUCUGUGGCCCCUCAGACAGCAUUAAAUAUCAGUGGGCUCCUAGCAAACAGGAAUGUGGUCAUAGUGGGCCAGCCUGUGGCCAGAUGUGCGCUCUCAGGAGGAUUUGCACAGGACAGAAACCUUAUGAAUACAGUGAGUGUGGUCUCACCUUCAGUGGUCAAUUAUGUGUUAUUUUUUGUCACAGGAAACCAAUAGAAAAAGCUCAAAGAUAUUCUAUGUGCAAAGAUCAGAUUAUUGUUGAAAAUUAUAUCCUGAGAGAAAUGUAUAAAUACUGAAACUGGGAAGUCAUGAUAUUCUCAUUCUAUUAAAUAUAUGUAUUGAUACAUAGGCAUAAUCUGAUAUUAAUACAAACACAUACAUCAAUUGGUCUGUUGUGUCAAUUAAAUGAAUGAAAGAA